AUGCAUUCCACCGCAGUAGUCAUUGCCCUUUCUCUCCUCUCCAUCCCUGCGCUGGCCCAGCCUGCAGAAGUCUUCAACAAAGUCGCAAAGCGUGACUGUAUCGGCCCCGACGUCAAUGAUGAAACCAUCGCUCUCAUCAAGCACUUCGAAGGUUUCGUGCCUCGUCCCGCUCCAGACCCCAUCGGCCUGCCCACAGUCGGAUAUGGCCAUCUCUGCCGUACCAAGGGGUGCGGCGAAGUCCCGUUCCCUUUCCCCUUGACUGAAGAGUCCGCCACUGAACUGCUCCACCAGGACGUGAAGAGUCCACAGCAGUCCAUCACGCUCUCGACUGCAGACAGCGUGGUACUCAACGCAAACCAGUACGGUGCUCUGGUCUCAUGGGCCUUUAACGUCGGUGGAGGCGCAGCGAAGAAGUCUUCUCUCAUCAAGAGACUUAACCAGGGACAAGACGUCGAUACUGUGAUUAGAGAGGAGUUGCCGCUGUGGAACAAGGCGGGUGGUCACGUCCUGCCUGGACUGGUCCGCCGUCGUAAGGCUGAGGUUGAGCUGGCCAUGGAGCAUACGGACGACGGAGCCCUGCCUGUCGACUGCUAA